AUGGGAAAGCAUGCGAGUUGGGUGCUGGUAAUACUCCAUAUUUUCAGCUUUUGGUUGUCUUGUCAAGGCCUUAUGAACGAGCAUCAAGAGACGGCAAGGAGUGUCAUUUUCUUACGUUCGCAAAUAGAAAUGGAUUCGGAGCCGUGGAUAUCGGGCAUAGGUUGUUUAGAUUCGUUCAUUAAUAUCGCCUUCACGCACCGCGAGCGGUUGACGCGCUCCUACAAUCUACUUAUGACAAACAGCUACUAUAUUUCUUCGCCGGCCUUAGAGAUACAGAAUGGGCUCUUAAAAAUUUUGAAUGAACUGGUUAGCCAGAGCAAUGAUAAAGGGCGACGGAUUUUUCAGAUUCGCACAGUCUUCGACAAUAAACGAUAUGUGCAGGUGAAGUUCGGUGACAGCGCAGUAAUAUACACUGAUUACUAUGUCAUUGUAGUGGACAGUUUAGAAAGGCUUAAAAUAUUUAUGCGGGACUAUAUUAGUCGCAUGGUUUCUUGGAACCCUGGAGCCCGCUUUUUGCUGUUAUUCAACAAUGCGUCGAAGCGGGAUAACGAACACGAGGUGGCAAUGGAGGUUUUCACCCUUUUGCAGAAGCAAUACUAUGUCCAUCAAAUAGGUCUUCUGUAUGCAACUGGUGAGACAGACUACUCAUUCUCAGUAAUGGACUACUACAAUAAUGAAUACUGUCGCACUAUAAGAGUGUCCAAAAUAGGCGAGUGCAAAAAAGGGCAGCCUCAACCGAAUGCGGCCGAGGUUAAACGGAAGCUGCGCAAAUUUGAACGCGAUAUUAGGAUAAAAAAUUGCACCUUUCAAAUGUGCGCAGCCGUAUCAGCGCCUUUUGUGGAGAAAAGCUGCCGGACUGGAAUAGAGUUGCGUAUUAUAGGUUUCAUGAGAAAUCGUCUAAACUUCAAGAUCAAGCAUUCUUGUGAAGAAGAGAGCAGAGGAGUGCGUGAAGAGAAUGGAACAUGGACUGGGCUGCUGGGAAGACUAUUUGAUCGUGACUGUGAUUUUAUACUUGGCGGAUUCUUUCCUGACAACGAGGUUAAUGAAAAUUUCUGGACUUCCGACUGUUACCUCUCCGAUAGCUAUACUUGGUUUGUGAAACUCGCUGAUCCAAGACCUGCAUGGAUCGCUCUCUACAGCAUUUUCCAAGACGAAACGUGGAUAUGCUUUAUUGUUUUGCUUAGCUUUACUUGGAUAUUCUGGUACUUUUUCGUAAACAUGCUUCCUGAACCACCAGACCACAAAGAUUUUUCGCUAGCAGGCAUUAAUGCCAUGGCUGUCUCUAUAUGCGUCGCUGUCGAAGAGCGCCCAGAGUGUUUUGCUUCUCGCAUUUUCUUUCUCGCAGUAACUAUUUACGGAAUGAACGUUGUUGCAAUUUAUACUUCGCAGCUAAUCACCGUAUUCACUGAUCCUGGCUAUCUACACCAAAUAGACAAUCUCGUCGAGGUACUUGAAGCGGGCAUACCUUUUGGAGGUCCAGAUGAAAAUCAAGACUGGUUCGAAAAUGACGAAGAUAUGUGGAUCUACGAAAUGUAUAACGACACGGACUUCUUUAUACCAAACUCAGAUAAUCUUCGUGCUGUGAGGAAUGGCAAACGUGUCUUACUUGCGAGUCGAAUGUAUGUGUUGCAAGAUCGCCUCGCCGAUGAACUUUUUGCAUUUCCAAAGAACGUUUUUUCUAGUCCACUACAAAUAAUAAUGAAAGCUGGAUUUCCAUUAGUAUCUGAUUUCAAUUGGCUCAUAAGAGCUAUGCGAGACCAUGGAAUUUUUCAAAAGAUCGACAAUGAUUUUCGCUUCAACAACACCUAUCUUAAUCGAAUAAACCGCAUGCGACCAGAGUUUAAAGAGUCUGCAAUUGUUCUCACCACUGAUCACCUCAAAGGUUCCUUUUCCAUUCUGGUCGUUGGAGUUGUUGCAA